AGCAUCAUUUUCAUUGAAUCCUGGUUACAUAUUUGUGUGUACUCAAGUUGAAAAUGGGACUUGGAAUAAUAUGCAAGUUUCAUCUUUUCUAUUGCAGCGAGUGGGUCGGUUAUGCACUGGCAGCAUCCUUGCUACUAGCGGUGGGCGCGAUGGUCCGGGCCAAGCAGAGAAAGAUAGGUGAGAUAUGCUCAGAGGUGAUCAUCGACAAGUCCUCGGACAAGAUGACGAUGGAGAGUAUAGUGGAGGCACAGCACAUCAUGAAGAAGGUGCACGAGUACGUCAAGACGACGAACGUCGUGAUCCUCAGGCUAUGGUCCAUUAUUCUAGCCCGGUCACCAAAGGAAAUUCACCUGUGCGGCGGCGGCGGGGAAGGAGCAGCACGGCAGCCCUGA